GAAAGGCCAUCUUAUGCCCCACCUCCCACCCCAGCUCCUGCAACCCAAAUGCCCAGCACCCCAGGGUUUGUGGGAUACAAUCCAUACAGCCAUCUGGCCUACAACAACUACAGGCUGGGAGGGAACCCGGGCACCAACAGCCGGGUCACGGCUUCCUCUGGUAUUACCAUCCCCAAGCCCCCCAAACCCCCAGACAAGCCCCUGAUGCCCUACAUGCGGUACAGCCGGAAGGUCUGGGACCAAGUGAAGGCGUCCAAUCCUGAUUUGAAGUUAUGGGAAAUUGGCAAGAUUAUUGGAGGAAUGUGGCGAGAUCUCACUGAUGAAGAGAAGCAAGAGUAUUUGAAUGAAUAUGAAGCUGAAAAGAUCGAGUACAACGAGUCCAUGAAGGCCUACCACAACUCCCCUGCCUACCUGGCCUACAUCAACGCCAAGAGCCGCGCGGAGGCGGCGCUGGAGGAGGAGAGUCGGCAGAGGCAGUCGCGCAUGGAGAAGGGGGAGCCCUACAUGAGCAUCCAGCCCGCGGAGGAUCCUGAUGACUACGACGAUGGUUUCUCCAUGAAACACACGGCCACGGCGCGGUUCCAGCGCAACCACCGCCUCAUGUGCGUCGUGCCCGACGUGCGCUCCGUCGUCACCUCACCGCCGAUGCAGGUCCUCAAGCGCCAGGUCCAGUCCCUCAUGGUGCACCAGCGGAAACUGGAAGCUGAGCUGCUGCAGAUCGAGGAGCGGCACCAGGAGAAGAAGAGGAAGUUUUUGGAAAGCACAGAAUCCUUCAACAACGAGCUGAAAAGGUUAUGCAGUUUGAAGGUGGAAGUGGAUAUGGAAAAGAUUGCAGCUGAGAUUGCCCAGGCUGAGGAACAGGCUCGGAAGAGGCAGGAGGAGAGGGAAAAGGAAGCAGCUGAGCAGGCUGAGCGCAGUCAGAACAACCUGGCAGCUGAGGAGGAGCAGGCAGCCAGCAAGGUGGAGGAGAAGAAGGAAGAGGAGAGCACUCCCAUGGAGACAGAAGAGCCUCACGCGGAAGAGAGCGCAGAGAACCAGCAGAACAGUGAAGAAGGAACCUCCACCCCAGAGGACAAGGAGAGUGGGCAGGAAGGGGCAGACAGCACAGCUGAGGAGGGAACCAGUGACAGCAACACUGGGUCAGAGAGCAACAGUGCGACCGUGGAGGAGCCUCCGGCAGAUCCCAGUGCCGAGGAGAGCGACAAGAAGGAAUAG